GACUCUUAUCCAGUUCCACAGCCUACUCCAUACCUCUAUGGUAACGGAAUAGCGAAGACCCCAGCAGGGUUCGAUAACGCUGCUUUCCUUACCCAUCAGAGACACUACUCGCAAGCGACCACUGCCUCUACCAAACCUGGUGGUAACAGUCCACAAUCAGCGGAGAGUAGAGACGAAACACCUGGGGGCAUCGGCGAGACAACCUAUCACGAGUGGUAUUCGAAGGUCGGUUCGAAACCCGCCUCUCAGCAUCACGAGGAAGCCCUAGGAGUACCUCGACCACCGUCGGCCACACCUUACGUGUCGUACCCAAAUGAUCCAUCUGGGUAUUACACCUUAGGCGGUGAGCAUCGAACGGAAUCCUCAAAUAAGCACUUCCGAUCUCCGUUCUAA